ACUGACGUGUACAAUUUUCAAUUUUCAUUCAAUUUUUUGAGAACUUUGAGAUGUUGAACCGGUGUCGGUUAGCGUAGCAAUUCUUUGUUUCAUUUAAUUUUUACGAGCACGCUUCAAUAAGUUUUUAUUGUUUGAUAUAGGACUUUCAAAAUAUUAAAGAUUACUAAAUUCAAAACCAAAUUAGUUAUAAUCAUGGCUUUACUUGCGACAACGUUUGGGAUUCUUCUAAUUGCAUCCACGGCCUGGUCUGCGGAUGCACCAAAAGGUCCUAAAGUGACUCACAAGGUUACUUUUGACAUCAGCAUUGGUGGAGCUAAUGUUGGCCAGAUUGUCAUUGGUUGUUUCGGUAAGACAGUACCCAAAACUGUUGAGAACUUCUACCAACUGGCACAAAAACCUGAAGGAGAGGGCUACAAGGGCAGCAAGUUCCACAGAGUAAUUUCAAACUUCAUGAUCCAGGGAGGUGACUUUACCAAGGGUGAUGGCACUGGUGGUCGCAGCAUUUAUGGUGAAAGAUUUGAAGAUGAAAACUUCAAGCUUAGCCAUUAUGGAGCUGGCUGGCUGUCUAUGGCUAAUGCCGGCAAGGACACUAAUGGUUCUCAGUUCUUUAUUACCACAGUCAAGACCCCCUGGUUAGACAACAGACAUGUUGUUUUCGGCAAAGUACUUGAAGGAAUGGAUAUCGUCCGCAUGAUUGAGCAGACACCCACGAAAAAUGACAAACCAAUAAAGGAUGUUCUUAUAGCUGAUACUCAUGUAGAAGAAGUUGCAGAACCAUUCAGUGUCUCUAAAGAUAGUGCUAAAUAACAUUAAACCAUUGCAAAUUGUUAAGCAAUGAAAAUAAGAUAAGUAAUAAAAUGUAUAUAUGAGAUAAUAAAGAAUCAAUUUUUUUCCAAAUGCAUUUAAAUGUGAAUUUCAA